AUGGACGCCCGAACCGAACCUGAGAUUGUUUUGUAUGACUUGGCCUUUAACAAGAACGUCUGCUUCUCUCCCGUUGUCUGGCGUAUCCGCCUGAUGCUUAACUAUAAGAUUAUCCCUUAUCGGAUCAUUUUUCUCGAAUUUCCUGACAUUGAGCCUACAUUGAAAACUAUGAGUUGCAUUGGCCUUUUUUCUACAUCACGUUCUUCACUUCGAGCCCCCCUCCCUUCCAUUUUCUACCUUCUCAGAUCCCAAUACACAGCCAAAAAAUCUCCGCUUCGCGCCGACCUGGUCCCCGCUGAAUCGGCUUCGGAAUCCAAAAUCAAAUAUACGGUCCCUACCAUCCAACACGUACCGAGUAACAAUUUUAUGAUGGACUCAGUCACUAUCGUGCAAUUUCUUGACUCGCGCUGUGGACGAUGGAACCUUCCAAAUUCGGUGAUGCCGCGCGAGGCUAUGCUUGGACACCGGCUCGAGGACCUGCUUCUUGAACCAGAAAAAGAGGAGGAGUACAGGAACGCGGUGGGUGACCGCAUGCGCGUCGUCAACGAUCCGAUACGGACGAACAAGGCCGAUGGGCCGUUUGUGCUUGGCGCACGACCGAGUAUGACUGAUUUCCUUUUACGGGCGGUGAAUGAGGAGCCAUUCCAGAAGAUGGUCAAAUUCCCAGGUUACGGGGAUAUUUCUGAGGCGUGUCUACCUUACAUGGAGAAGGCGGACUGAGCCGGUGGAGUCGCUGGGCAAGCGACGACAUAGCGCAUGGAAUAGAUGCCCUGAAUACAAAUACAUUAACAUUCGAAAUCGACUUUGUAGAACAGAGCGCCUUCAUUUGACGUGAAAUGCAGAGCACGGAAACCAACCAUUUCCUUUCGUACUGCACCGACCCAAUGUCGCUGAUGUACCGCCAGCUUCUUUACAAGAGGCGAAAUGA